CACGGACGCGUGGUUGGUGAACUGCUGCGCCGCUCCGUAGACCUAAGCUUCGACAUCAUCUACGGCGUCGCGCCGUUGUGGGUGACAAAUCUCGUCUGCAAAGUGACCGCGAACGUUUGAUUGCGGAUAGACCCGGGCGACAUCUCUCUCGAUACCGCGGCGAGCUAUGCCGCCUGGUGCACCGCCUCCCGGCUCGGAUCCUGCAGGUCGAGCUUCCAUCUGCGCGCCCUUGUCGACCGGAACCGGAAGAAGAAGGAGGCAGAGAGCGACUGAGCAAACUGGGUCUCCAGUAAGUGUCCUGUGAAGCCGACGACGCCCGUGAUUCCACGUUCUCGAGAGGCACAACCUGGCCAUGUCUGGCGCCCUCUACAGAGUGAGCUGAAAAAAAAAAAUCAAGAGCGUAUAUUCCAGUACCAUGCGAGUGCUCCAAGCGUUCCGGUAUGAAAGCCCUGUCGGACGCCUCCCGACAGCAGUUGGCGAACAAUAGAUGCGAACACAGCUUCAGCGCACGGAGCCGUCGCCCCGCUGACGGCAGGUCCGGCGUGCCAUGCGUCUCACGGGGCUUCCCGAACUCUCCGAAUCCGGUGACCGGGGCAGCUGACAGGGCCUCGAGCGAGGCCAUGUAAGCAGCCCGGGCCGAGUGUUCCACCGAUGGCCGCGGCGGCGUCGCGCGAACCCGGGGCUCCUUGACGGGGGCUCGCCGACGAUGCCCCGGACUGCGUCGCGAGGAGCCUCCUUCUCUCCGUGUGCCCUCCUCCUGUCACUAAUCAUCAUGGCGGCCGCCGCGGGAGCCGGCGGCACGGCUUCACCGCACGGCGGCAGCUGCCCGUCGGCCUGCAGCUGCAAGUGGAGCGGCGGCAAGCGCACCGCCGAGUGCGCCGGCUUGUCGGGCAGCGUGCCGCAGCACCUGCCGGGCGACACGCAGGUCCUAAACCUGACGGGCAACAUCCUCAAGACGCUGCCGGGCGGCCACUUCCAGCAGGCGCGCCUGGUGCACCUGCAGCGCAUCUACCUGUCGCGCUGCGGCAUCGUCCUGAUGGCGGACGACGCGUUCCGCGGCCUCAACAACCUCGUCGAGCUCGACCUGAGCCACAACUUCCUCACGGCCGUUCCCAAGCUGGCGCCCUACUGCCCGCUGCUGCGCCGACUGCAGCUCAGCGCCAACCCGAUCCAGAGGCUGGGCGGACACAGCUUCCGCGGACUGCACAGUCUCGUCUCCCUGGAGCUGAGCCAGUGUCAGCUGGCGUGGCUCGAGACGAACGUCUUCGCCGACCUGCAGUCACUCGAGGUACUUCGGCUCGACGGCAAUCGGCUGCGCUCGCUACCUCCGGACGGCCUCACACUGCCACCGCUGCACUCGCUAGACCUGAGCGACAAUCCGUGGCACUGCGACUGCAGCCUUCGCAGCUUGCGCCAGUGGAUGCACCAGCGCAACGUGCCGCUCUCGGUGCCGCCACGCUGCGAGGGGCCGCCGAGGCUCGCUCGCCGCCUCUGGAGCCAGCUGGAACCGGACGACUUCGCCUGCGCGCCCCGCAUCGCCGCCAGCGAGUUGCGCGUGGGCGCCGUGGAAGGCGAGAACGCCACGCUGCAGUGCGACGUCGACUCCCUGCCGGCGGCCAGCGUCAGGUGGCUGUGGAGGAGCCGCGCCAUCGUCAACCUGUCGCUCAUAUCGUUCGGGCGCCAGAUGUACCUGCUGCGGGCACACCAGAGCGGCCGCCGGCAGCAGACGAGCACGCUCACCAUCAUCAACGUGAUGCUCAAGGACAGCGGACGCUACCUGUGCGCCGCGGCCAACCGCGCGGGUAACCAAACAGCCAACGUGACGCUCAUAGUGCGGCCGCGUUCGGCCGACCUCGCGGCGCUGUCCGCGCCCGAGAUAGUCGGGAUCGUGCUAGGCCUACUUCUUCUCCUCGCCCUGGUCGCGGCCUCGGCGUGCCUGCUGGCGGUGCGCAGGCCAGCGCGGGGGCCGCGUGCCUCCAAGGAGACGCAGAUGCGGCUCGAGUCGCUCUUGCUCGAAUCGAAGCAGCGCUCGUCGGACGCUGGCAGCCUGCAGGCCAACUCCGAGGAGCAGUCCGGCAGUCCGGCGCCCCUGCUGAGCUCCCACAAGAAGCCCGCGCCGGCGACGGCCAAGUCGGGCAUCGUGGCUGCCGUGUUGCGCGGCGAGUAUCGGACUCUGCGCGCGUACCGCGGCACGAACAAGGAGGAGGAAGGGGGCGCGAGCGACGUGGUGACGGACGCGCUGCGCGUGUCCGCCGGUGCGCCGAGGCACGAACAGGUGUGCGCGACCAGGAAGCGGCCGGCGGGGAUAGUGGCCAAUCCGCUGUCGCCCGGCGCCAGGGACUCGCCGGACGAGGGGCUCGGAGAUGAGCGAGAGUACGAGACGGACAUCCUCGAUUGACCUCUUGGAGACGGACUGACUGGACGCCUGUCAAGCGGUAUCCUGGAUCACCGUUGCUCAUCCCGAUCUUAAACGGUAGCAAGCACACUCCGCGACGAAAAAAAACAAAGAAAACAAUGCAUAUCGGACUUUGCCAGCUGGAGUUCAACGCACAUCGAUGCUUUUGAAAGGCCUGUAUAUGAUACCAGAAAGCGUGACAUUAAGCGGCAUCGUUCCUUUAUCGUGAUCGUAACCAACUGUCUUCGUCUGCGACGAGCUGUUGGCUUCCGAUGUAAGAGGACACGAGUGUAACGCCCCCAAAUGAACUACACAAAGCACCGUACAUCCAAAUGUGGAGUAUAUUUUACGUGAUAAAGUAUUACGAGAGAAUCUCGCGGCAAAAUACAGUUCGAAAAAUAAGUAUAUGGGAGAUUUACGAAAGUUGACGUUAUAACAGGAAUAUUGUAUUUGUAUUAAACGGCAUAGCGAGUCGGGCGCCGGAACUAUGUUUUGAAGCCGAACUUACUAUAAGCAGAGGACAGCUUAAGUCGAGCGGUGCUCACUUUCCUCCCUUUUCACGUGCGCUACAAGUGUCGCAGACUUAGGUUAAACGUAUUAGCAGUUGCGAUGAAAGUGAAUGUCCUUGAUCUCAAGUAGGUACAAAUGAGCAGGUAGAAAAGCUGCAGCACCAUAAAGUUCACACAGUGAACGAUAACCACGACCUCAUUCGGGUGAUAAAUAAUGCAGUCAGAACGUGCUAAUGUAGAAGUAACGGCUGCGGCGGCAAGUUAAGAGAAGGGCCGUCUUGUUGUUCGCUGCCACAAAAUGAAGAAGAAAAUAUGUUACUGCCGAUAAACACCGACUAAAUAUCAUGGCUAUGUAAAAAAACUAAUAAUAAAAUUAUGAAGCCGCGAUGAAGUCUAUGGAAAAGGCUGAUAGACUCUUUAUUAGACCCCAUCGAAUGUGAGAACAAUUAAGACCUAACAUUGCAAGAGCCACAUCUCACGAAAGCCGAUUGAAAAAUAAGCCGGAAGGGUAAAAAAAAUCGCACGAAAUUAAAAUAAAAAAACGAACUUCGAAAGUGGUUCUAGUUAGAGAAGAAAGCAGCCAGUUUUAAAAAUAAAGGAACAGAAGAAAAAGCACAGAAAAGAAAAAGACAGGAACAAAAGGGACCUGGCUCAGGUCGGAGCCUCAUUGGAAGUGUAUUGUUGACGUUGGCCAAGAUAAUUCGUAGCAGAUAAUUUCCAGCAAUAUGAAGGAGCCCAGAUUGUGCGCGCCUACCCUGCACCGUGGCGCCCGAGGUCCUCGACCUCCGAGACAACGAUAAUCUUCCCCGAGUUACGACACUUCUCGGCGGUGGCACAUAUUCUUGUUGGCGAUGAACAAGGCUUUCCUUCACAGCGAAGGGGGUGGGGGGACUCCCAAUUUGUUGUGGCGCGUGAUUGUUGUGUCUGUGCGCCUGCUGGCUCGCGGUCUGUGUAUAUCAGUGUCUUUGUAUACCAAGCGGACCAAAGAGGGGAUGGCGCAGCCGCUCCACGAAACGCUAUAAGCCGCACUCCGUGACGACUACCACUACUACUACAACUUCAUCAUCAGGAGUUAGCAAAGCGAUGAUCAUCCGACGGGCGAAAAACAGAAGAAAGAAGAACGCAAGCCAUGUGCAAGCACCACCUUCAUGUUUUGUGUGUGUGUAUGUGUGUGUGUGUCUGUGCUUCUGCGCGUCCUCGGCUCGUCGUGACAAAAGAAAAAAAAAAAAACGUGAGUGAGGACAAAUGCGCCUGAUAGAGACUGCGUGCUGUGCAAUACCUUCGAGACGAGAGGACUCCCCGUCUACGAUUGAGGCGCCCUCUGCUUCGCCACGAGAUUGACGUUGCGCAGGGUGGGGUUCAACGUAGUGACAUCGACCCUUGUGUUCCAUCCCGGAUUAUUAAUUUUCUUUCUUCGUUGUCGUUGUUGCUCGAGCGCAAAGCGUUAUUCCUUCCUUUGCGAGAGCUAUAGCGUGGGUCAACGUCAGGUUACCGAUGCGCGACUAUCGGGGGGCACAGCGAGAAAAGGGGAGAAGAGGCUUAAUUCCUCAGAGAGUUCGGCUAGAUCGAGCGGAAGAAGCAAACACACAAACAGAGAAAGCCACUUGACGUCGAAGUUUUAAAAGUAAGCUCUCUGUGGCCGAAAAGAAAAGAAAAAAGCACGCCUUUAAUUUUUUUUUCGGGCGUGGCACCUAAUUAAACAGAGAAAGCUUCUCUGCUCGCUCGCGACAUGUCGUUCGUUCAAGAAGACGCGGAAGCAGAAAGUGGAGGAUCGGAGCAUGCGUAAAACUUGCGAAGUGAGGACCGUGCGUGGGAGAAGGGUAGACCGUGAGGGAAGAGGGUGCGUUGGCUAGAGUAAGAAUGGAGGAAAUAAAGACAUUGAAAGGAAGAAAAGAGCGUAGGAGAGUAAAGAAAAGAGGCAGAUAGAGCGUGGAGAUAUCGCUCUGUAACGAGUCUGGACGAGGAACUGAAAAUGUAAGAACAACAACAAAACAAAACAAAAUAGCGUGUUCUCCCCGUCGGCCGUGUAAGGUAGUUGGCUAAGGGCGCUCUUGGCGGCGCUAAUCCGCGUACCCUGCGCGGGGAUCGCGGGAGGGAUUUUCUGCGGCGACAAUGGGUCAUCGCGGGCCGGCAGGCCUCAUCCAUCUUGCUCUGGAAGGAACGGUGUCAAAUUACGUGCGAAUAUUAAAAUGUUUUUGUUU